GGAGAGAGGCCACGCAGGAGUGGGUAACAGGAGCGCAGAGAGGGCAGAUCUAGGGCAGAUCUAGGGCCGGGGGAGACCCAGAGGGCAGCUGAGCAUCCUAACGGGUGCCCCAAGAGCAGGGCAGCGGGGGCGGGGAGCCCAGGGGGCGGGCCGGCCAUGUCCCACGGGACCUACUACGAGUGCGAGCCCCGGGGCUGCCAGCAGCCACUCGAGUUCUCAGGGGGCCGUGCUGGGCCUGGGGAGCUGGGGGACAUGUGUGACCACGAGGCCUCCAUCGACCUCUCCGCCUACAUCGAGUCUGGGGAGGAGCAGCUCCUCUCCGACCUCUUUGCCGUGAAGCCAGCGCCUGAGGCCCGCGGUCUUAAGGGCCCCGGAACCCCUGCCUUUCCCCACUACCUGCCUCCUGACCCUCGGCCCUUCGUCUACCCCCCACAUACCUUCGGCCCAGACAGGAAGGCGUUGGGGCCUGGCGUCUACAGCAGCCCAGGGGGCUACGACCCCAGGGCUGUGGCCGUGAAGGAGGAGCCUCGGGGGCCAGAGGGCAGCCGGGGCACCGCCCGAGGCAGCUACAAUCCCCUGCAGUACCAAGUGGCGCACUGUGGGCAGACGGCCAUGCACCUGCCCCCGACGCUGGCCUCAACCAGCCAGCCCCUGCGCGUCCUCAAGGCCCCUUUGGCCUCUGGCGCACCCGCCUGCAGUCCCCUCCUCAAGGCGCCCUCCCCAGCUGGCCCCUCACACAAAGGCAAGAAGGCAGUGAACAAAGACAGCCUGGAGUACCGGCUGCGGCGAGAGCGCAACAACAUCGCAGUGCGCAAGAGCCGGGACAAGGCCAAGAGGCGCAUUCUGGAGACGCAGCAGAAGGUGCUGGAGUACAUGGCAGAGAACGAGCGUCUGCGCAGCCGGGUGGAGCAGCUCACGCAGGAGCUAGACACCCUCCGCAACCUCUUCCGCCAGAUCCCUGAGGCCGCCAACCUCAUCAAGGGCGUCGGGGGCUGCAGCUGAGCCUUCUUUGUGGACCGCGGGCACCAGGCCCCUUGCGCCGCCUGACCUUGGAUACCCCUCACUCUGCUGGGGACCUAGCGCCCUUUCUAGGCCCAGCCUGAGACAUAGACCAUGGACAAAUGACAGUGGGUGACACCGAGGGACAGGACCCAGCAUAAUGAUUCUGUGGCCGAAUAAAAUUGCACUGCAACUGUGUGCACACACAUGUGUGUGUGUGACGUGUGUGUGUUUGCAUGUAUGGUAUAUGAGACUCUGAGAGCAGGGCAUGUAUGCGGAGAGGUCUGCAUGCCUCUUGUUUGCAUUCCCAAAUGAGAAUGUGGAAACAGGCAAGGUGUCUCCCCCACACACCAGGCUGUCUGUCUGUCCAUUGUUCUCUCUCCCACCCCGGCCCUCUCGGACCAGGAGCAACCUCUCUGGAUAGAGCUCUGUGCCUUGCAGGGAGGUCCCGGCAUCAAAGACCUAUAGACCUAUACAGGCCUGCGCCAUGCCUGUGCCGAUCCCAGGCCUGCCGUCUCGCUCCUUGAGGCUUUUGCCUGGGAGCUACUACCCCAGUGACAAGGGAAAUUUCCCAAUGGCUCUGCCCUUCUUAUGGUCCCUUAACUCUUGAUCCAGCACUCCGUCUCUUCUCCCCGUUUCACAGACUCCGUCUGCCAGACUGACACCCACCCCGACCAUUGCUCCCACCUCCCAGCUUCCA